CUCUGGUCUAGUUAUUUAGUAACUUAAUAACAAGAUCAAGUACGAUAUAGAUGGAAUAUCUGCCGUUGAAUGAAAAAAUCUAAUUUAAACGCUCGUGGGAAUAGAAACUGAAUGUUGGUAGGUUUUCAUUAUAGCAAACUUUCAAGACGGCGUGCAUUGCUGCAAUUAUAGGCACAUUUUUGAAAGGAGAAAAAGAGGAAGAGGGGGAAAAUGGUUGACGAUGGUGUCAACGACUCUCCGCCUGUCCCGUCCCACGCCCAGCCAUUGGUCAAUGACGUCACACCUAAGCUGAACGGUGAUUGGGGGAGGCGGUGAGCCGGAUGACGCCGCGAGUAUUGUGAAGUUCUUCUCACUUUUUUAGGCCAUCUUUUUUAAAACGUUUUAUCUCGAAAGGAUGCUGUCACGGCAUCUAGUCUUUUUAUCCAUUUCCAUCCACCACAUUUGUGUUUUCCAUAUUCAGAAUAUAUCACCUUCGUUUCUCGCAUCUCCAGUUGUGCUUUUUUAAACGUCCAGUUUCCUUAUUUUGCACGCCGCUCUCCCGAAUGAUCGCUUAGCGCGACGCCCGCAUUGACAUGGUGCCGAAACCAGCUUCUCCGCCAUAGCGAGAAGUGUAGUUCGAAUCAUCUCCCUUCAACAACGUGCAACUGCGAACCUGACUUUGACCGUGAACAAGUGAUAAGUGAUUACUCUCCACCAAAAUCACUUACAAAUCGCCAACACUCGCACUGUCCUGAAGUUCCUUUCUUCACCCGAAGAAGAGAAGUUCCUGAAACAUCAGUUUCAGACGAGCAGUUUUUCUUUUUGCGGGGUUUUAACCUUUUUGCCCUCGCGCCUAUGGGCAAAGCGAAAAAAUAAAAGACGACCGACCACACUUGGCCCUGGAUGUUCUGGCAAUCCAUGGUCUCUCCCUCUCUUGACGUUCGGACAUCUUGGACUUCAGCCGUUCUGCCUGCCACCAUGGAAUUUCUACACAGCUCUUCUUCAUUCCUCCAACAAUCUGGAUUUUCGGUGAUUUUGUGAACUUAGUGACAGUUCUUCCAACAGGAUUACCAUGAUAAUUGUGCAUUAGUGUUUAAGUGAAUGUGUAGUGAUCAAGGUUUGUCAAGCGUUUCAUAAUCGCAUAUUUUUCUCUCUCUCUACUUUUCUAUUUUGCUAUACCCCCCUCAGCAAACCAAUGUCUCUAUCCAAUGAGGAUAACGCAAACUUUUCAGAUGAUAGCUGUGACCACUUAUAUCACCCGAAAGUAAUCAUGAGCACCGUUCCUACCACUUCACCUACCACCACCGCUCCUGUUUCCUCCAGUGUUCAGCACUUCAUAGAAGUAAACAUACCCCCUCUCAUAUUCUCUACAUCUUCCCAAAGCGUAACCUCACCUAUCUUUUCAUCCACCGAAACUCACAAACCUA